UCAUCCCAAAACUGUAGACUAGGCCCUGUGGGCUGUGCAGAGUGCUGUGGAUACAAAGAUGGACAGGAAGCAGGCCCACCUUCAAGGAGUUCAGGAUGUGGUCCAGGGAGGGCCACUAAGCCAACAAUUAUAACAGACGAUGACAAGUGUUCUCUGAGGAGCUGGGAGACGGAGCCUGUCCUGUGAAGUAGACCCCCUCCCCCUCUAGCAGGUGUGGAAUUUGGGCAGGAGGUGUUAAGAAAGGCUUCCCACAGUAAUUACAGGAAAGGUAGGCAUUAGCCAGAGAGCUGGGGAGGAGGGGUAUCCAGGCAAGGGAAACAGGAUGUGAAAACAUAGCGUGAGCAAAGAGAACAAAGAGAGCUCCAAGAGUCCUGUAAGAACAUCUUCGAACAUCUUCUAUUGAUCUCCAUUUUUGGCCCUAUAAGCCCCGUACACCUAAUCCAACAGCCUCUCGUAGGGGUAUCAAUCAAUCAACGUGUAUUUGUUGAACACCUACUAAGCACAUUACACAGACACAGAUGCUUCAAAGUCUUGCAGCUUAUUUAGAGUCACCCAGAUGUCAUAUUGGGGCUUGGGAAAUGCUGAAGCCUGGUUUAUCUAUCUCGGAGGAGGUAGGCAAGCAUCUAUGAAGCAAAGAAUUCCUUCCACAUAUGCAUUAUAUUGACACUAAUUUUUUAGUUCCAGGAAACUUCCAAAGUUUCCCACUUAGGAAAGCAGAGCAAUUGGGAUGAGGGAUGGAAGAUUAGGAGAACAUUCAUCAUGGAUGAGGCAGGUCACUGGAGACCUCAGGAAUAACAUCUCCCCCCCACCAGCGCUCCACCUCUGGCACCCUGGGAAGAGGGCAGCUUUGGCCCUCGAGUUCACAUCCGAUCUCCUGGCAGGGAACCAUAGACUUAGUCAACAAAGCUCAAAUCUUGAAAAAAUGAGCAAGAGUGGUGGAGGGGAUAUUGAGAGAGAUAGUAGAGUAGAAAUCCAGAAACAAGUGAGCCAGGGAAGAAGGGAGCAGAAAACAGGGUCCAGGGCAGGCUGUGAAGAGAUUCUGAAGGAAGAUGUUACUGCUGCUGCUAUUCCUGAGGGCUGCCACAAGCAGAUGUCUACAUGAUGAAACGCAGAAGUCUGUGAGCCUUCUCAGAUCUCCUUUCUCUCAACUUCUCCCAAAUGUCCGCUCUUCCUUCCUCACCCACCCUGGCUCCCGUGAUCCUCAACCCCUCCGAAUCCAAACCUGUUAUAUUGGAGGUCCUGUAUCAGAUGGAGCCUUGGGUCCUGAGGGAGAUGGGAUGAAAGAGGAUUCUCGAGCUAUGGCCGCAGUGAGUGAGGCUGCUCAGAGAAUCCAGAGUGUCCUAGCGGUCCCUCCAGUGCAAGGACCUCUGCUUCUGAAUCGAGACCCUGCCCAGUACUGCCAUGCUGUCUGGGGAGAUCCAGAUACCCCAAACUACCACAGGUGCAGCCUUUUGAAUUCAGGGUACAAAGGAGAGAGUUGCCUAGGGGCAAAGAUUCCUGAUGCCCAUCUCCGUGGUUAUGCCUUGUGGCCAGAACAGGGUCCCCCACAACUGGUCCAGCCAGAUGGACCUGGGGUCCACAACACUGAUUUUCUUCUGUAUGUGCGGGUUGCCCAUACUUCCAAGUGCCAUCGAGAGCCCUCUGUAAUAGCCUAUGCUGCCUGCUGCCAGCUGGACUCAGAAGACAGGCCCCUUGCUGGUACCAUUGUCUACUGUGCCCAACAUCUCACCAGCCCGAGCCUCAGCCAUAGUGACAUUGUCUUGGCCACACUACAUGAACUGCUCCAUGCCCUGGGUUUCUCUGGACAGCUCUUCAAGAAGUGGAAGGAGUGCCCCUCAGGACUCAGUGGUGAGAGGAGUGAGGAUCUUUCCACAUCAACCAGAGGGAAUAACUAUCUCAUGACCUCCUUCCCUCCAAUUCUACUUCACUCUUCCAAAGUUUCCCUCUUCUCAUAUCACCUUCUCCCAUUUCUGUACUCAGUGAGAGAGAACUGUUCCACAAGGCAACAAGUGACAAGGCAAGAUGAGUGGGGACAGCUGUUUCUGACCACCCCAACUGUUAGCCACAGCCUGGCCAAACACUUGGGAGUGCUAGGAGUUUCACUGGGUGUUCCCUUGGAAGAAGAGUAGGGUCCUUUCUCUUCACACUGGGAGGCCCGACUACUCCAAGGGUCCAUAAUGACUGCUACCUUUGAUGGUGCCCAGCGCUCUCGACUUGACCCAAUCACUCUUGCUGCUUUCGAAGACUCAGGCUGGUACCAAGUCAACCACAGUGCUGCACAGCAGCUGUUGUGGGGCCAGGGAUCUGGCCUGGAAUUUGGCCUGUUGACUACAUGUGAAACUGACUCUUCAGGCUUCUUCUGUACUGGCAGUGGGCUGGGCUGCCACUACCUGCACCUGGACAAGGGACGCUGCUCUUCAGAUCCCAUGCUGGGAGACUGUCGCAUGUACAAGCCCUUGGUCAAUGGGAGUGAAUGCUGGAAGAAGGAGAAUGGAUUCCCACCUGGGGCAGAGAAUCCCCACGGGGAGAUCUACCAUUCCCAGAGUCGUUGCUUCCUUGCCAACCUCACUUCACAACUGCUCCCUGAGGACAAGACCAGGCAUUCCUCUCAGACCCCACACCUCAAGGAAGGAGAGCUCACAGGCCGUUGCUACUUACAUCAGUGCACGGAGAGGGGAGAAUACAAGGUGCAGGUGGAGGGAUCACCCUGGGUCCCAUGCCUUCCAGGAAAGGCUAUACAGAUACCUGGGUACCACGGUCUUCUCUUCUGUCCCCGGGGUCGGUUGUGUCAGACUAAUGAAGGUGCCAGUGCGGUUACUUCCCUGCCCAUGAGUGUUUCAACACAAGGCUUGGUAUUGCAGCUAUCUUUAGGAUUAGCUGAGCCCCCAGGCCACUCCUUGGGGAAGGAACAGCGAGAAGAGCUGACAGAAGAAGUACUGCAGGCUCUGCUGAGCAGAGGAGGGACUGGCAGGUGCUAUUUCCACAGCCCAUCAAUUACUGCUAGUCUGGUGUUCACUGUGCAUAUGUGGCAGUCCCCUGGCUGCCAAGGGCCUUCAGUUGGUAUGCUGCACAGGACCUUGACCCUGACUCUCCAGGAGAAGCCCCUAGAAGUAUAUUAUGGAGGAGCUGUCUUUACCACAGAAUACAAGUUGCUGGCUACCUCGAACCCUAAUGGCUCCAUGACCCAUGUAGGUCUGUCUAUGGGCCUUUGCCUAAUGCUGCUAAUCCUAAUGGGUACGCUGGGAACCAUGGCCUAUCAGAAACGAGCUACCCUUCUGGUGGGACCAUCUCCCCCUUAUCAUUCAUCAGAGCUCCAAGGCACAAGGGGCCUAGCUGGAGGAGUAAGGGAGGUGUAAUGACACUCAGAAUAUGACAGGAGUCGGGCAGAGGAUUAUUUCUCGGGAGAAAUCUGGGUGAAAAGUCUAUCUAGCAUCUAGACUUAAGUUUUACUUUCUCAGAAUGCCUCUUUCCCCAGCUAUCAACUUUGUACUAGUCUUGCAAGGAAAAAAGAGACUUAUGGUUCUGAAAAUC